UUUGAAAUUUACAACUAAUAUUUUUCUCCCUUCUCCCUCACCUGGUCUUUUCGCAGCACCGCUUUUCAAUGCUCUUAUCUCCAUUUCCCCUUCUCCCUGCAUUCGAUCACGCGGCACUGCUCUGCCACUUUUCCACAGCAUCGUUCUUGCACGCAACCUGCACCGAAAAACUCACUCACGAAUUUAUCUCCAGAACUCAGUUUUGAUCGGAGGAAAAAUGGCGGAUCAGGUGUCGAAGGCCGAAGAAUUCGAGAAGAAAGCUGAGAAGAAGCUCAGUGGCUGGGCCUUGUUUGGCUCCAAAUACGAGGAUGCUGCAGAUCUCUUCGAGAAAGCCGCCAAUUCCUUCAAGCUUGCCAAAUCAUGGGACAGAGCUGGGGGGACAUACCUAAAGUUAGCAAAUUGCCAUUUGAAGUCUGAAAGCAAGCAUGAAGCUGCACAGGCCCAUGUUGACGCUGCACAUUGCUACAAGAAAACUAAUAUAAAUGAGGCUAUAUCUUGCUUAAACCGUGCUGUAAACCUUUACUGUGACAUUGGAAGACUCUCUAUGGCUGCUAGAUAUUUAAAGGAAAUUGCUGAAUUGUAUGAGUCUGAACAGAAUAUUGAGAAAGCUCUUGUUUACUAUGAAAAAUCGGCUGAUUUUUAUCAAAAUGAAGAGGUGACAACUACUGCGAACCAAUGCAAACAAAAAGUUGCUCAAUUUGCUGCUCAGUUAGAACAAUAUCAAAAGUCAAUUGAGAUUUACGAAGAUAUAGCUCGUCAAUCCCUCAGCAACAAUUUAUUGAAGUACGGUGUUAAAGGACACCUGCUGAAUGCUGGCAUCUGUCAACUCUGUAAAGGGGACAUUGUUGCUAUAACCAAUGCAUUGGAACGAUAUCAGGAAUUGGAUCCAACAUUUUCGUCAACACGAGAGUGUAGAUUGUUGGCGGAUAUUGCUGCUGCUAUUGAUGAAGAAGAUGUGGGGAAGUUUACUGAUGCUGUGAAGGAUUUUGAUAGCAUGACCCCACUGGAUUCAUGGAAGACCACACUUCUUUUGAGGGUGAAGGAAAAGCUGAAAGCGAAAGAACUUGAGGAGGAUGAUCUUACUUGAAGUAUACUUCAUUAUUUUGGUGGUUGGACCUAUUGUUUGAUGAUUUACAGAUGUACCAUACAUGUCUCUUCAGUUGUUCAUUUUACACAUCUACUUACUGAGUGUCCUUGCUUUGAUUUUUGAUUUUGAUUUGAGUGUACUUUGGUUUCAAUAUUGAUUUGGUCUGACUGAAUUCAAGAAAUGAGUUUUUAAUAUAUUAUUUGUAACAGAUUGUAAUUG